AAAAACAAAUUCCCUCCCCAGUGCAGAACAGUCGAAGUCGAAGUCGAGAGACACUUCAGCUCAACCUCCGCCGCCGACAGUGUCGUUGCCGCCUCCAACCUCCUCUGCCGCAGUCGCUCCAACCGCCGCUACUCCGACCGUUGCCGCCGUGAAGAACUCAAAACACUUCAGCGAAAAAUUGAAGGUUUGGAGGCAGAAGAAUAUUUUAAAGCCAGCUCCUGGUAAGAGGCGAUGUAACUGCCGCAAUGAGGUUUACCACAGGCAAAUUGGUCCAGGGAUGUUUCAGCAGAUGACAGAAUAGGUUUUGCCAUCCCUAAGUGAUAAAAAUGGAGCUCCCCUGUUAUCUGAACUUCGACGUUUAUGGGCAAAUUAUAAAUCAAUGGUGAAAUGCCUUGGGGGAUUUUACUUGUACCAUGAUCAGAGGUUUUCUGACCGCGAAAGUGCUGCACCCCUUUCUGAAAUUUCAGUUUGCUGUUUCCAUGACUUGGUCUGUACUGCUUUCCUCCAAAAAUUUAUAGAUGCUGCUAUAUUACUGAGUCUUUCAAACUUUUUCAAUGAAGUUGGAGGGAAAACAAGACCAUUCUGCUAUAACAAGUUUGAGGAGGCAAUACUUGUAGACACAGGCAAUUACUACUCUCAAGUAACUCGAGAAUGGCUACUGAAUUAUUCUUCAGCAGAAUAUGCAUCUAAGGCUGAACAGUGUUUGAGGGAGGAAAGAGGAAGAGCAUGCAAAAUUUUGCAUCCACCUAGAGUAGAGAAGCUUCUACAGAAUAUGCUUCAAACUGGGCUUAUUGUGCGCGGGAUGGUGCCAGUGGUGGCGUAGUUCGGAUUGUUACUUGACAAAGAUGCAUACAAGAAAAUACGAGCUGAUGCUACACUUGUGCAGCUCUACACAGCCUUUGCAUAUGAGGGGCCUGCCUUUAACUCAAGAUAAAGGUAUUGUAAAUUUGUGGUUUUGAUUCAUUUAUUUAAUUUAAUUUUUUUUUUAAUGAAAAAUGUCAUACAAUGGAUACAUGACAACUUGUGAACAGGUGCAGAGUGGGGUUUCAAUAUACGCCCACUCUGACGGAUAAGAUGACCGGAUUUUGGUAUAAAAAGGAAGAAU